AUGCACCGCCCCGCGCGCUACAACGCCAAAGCGCGCCAAGGCGGCGCACACAAGAAAAGCAAGACCAAGCGCCGCGAACAAGACGCGCCGGGGCAAUUGGUCGAGAACGGGAAGGAGAGGGAGGAGGAUGCGAACGCGGAUAUUUUGGAGAGGAAGAGUGAGGAGGAGAAGGAGGCUGAGCGGAGGCUGAAGUUGCGUCAACAGAUGUUGGAAGAGAGCAACUCGCGAGCGUCGAGCAAGAAGAAGAAGAGGCUGGACAAGUACAUCGACAAAAAGCUUAAGAAAGACGAGCGCCUCUCGCUCUUCGACAAGCUCUCCAAAUCGCAAGCCGAGCUCCCGUCCACGCUCGCCCUCCAGUCCUCAGCCACGCUCGGCACCGGCCGCGUCACCACGCACUCUACUCUUCAGGCCCGGGCGGAAGACAGGCAGGUACGGCGCGCGAUGGACGGUGUGGUGUCGAGGAAGCGGAAGCGUGGGAGUGUCGAGGUUAGGGCGGCGAGUGGGAGCGAGAGUGAGAGCGGGGAUGAGGAGAUGGUGGCGAGUGGGGUCGAGGAGAUGGACGUGGACGGUGAUGAGGAGCCCGGGCAUUCGGCCGAGAACCCGGUCGUCGUGGUCGAGGACUACGGGCCGGCUCCUCCACCUGCCAAACAACCUACUGUUGGCGGCGCGUUGAAGCGCAAUGCGGAUGGCAGUAUCGCGGCGCCCAAGGUUCUGGCCCGGAAAGAUAAGGGGAAACGGACUAUACUACAGAAGUGGAAACGCCCGUCGCAGGCCAAGCCCGAGCUUGAAAUGGCCAUCGAGUCUGACUCUUCGUUUGAUAGCUCAGACUCUGCGAACGACUCUGACGACUCCGACGCGUCUGAAGAGGGGAGUGACGACGAAGAUGCGUCCGACUCUGGCUCUGGCUCUGGCUCCACAGAAAAUAAUGAGGACGAUGCUGAGGAAGAAGAGGAAGAGCCCGCGCCGAAGAAACGGAAACUAGCCGACUUCAAAACAUGGGCCAUGAACCAGCUCAGCGCCGCAAAAGGCUACAUCGCACCCACCACACCCGAUGCACCACCCACACCUCCCCCGUCCGACCCUACCUUGCCUCCACAAAAGAAACGCAAGCUCACACCGCCCCCCGACGGCCUCAUCCACGGCCCGCUCGGCGAAACGCUCUCCCUCCCGUCCACAUCCCUCGCGCAGUCCCUCCACUCCUCCAAGUCGAAGUCGAAGCUGAAAAAGUUCGUCUCGGUCCACCGCCCCCCCGACGUCGCAGAAGCGCGGCUGCAGCUCCCGAUCGUCGCGGAGGAGCAGCCGAUUAUGGAGGCGAUCCUGCUGAACCCCGUCGUUGUUAUUUGCGGUGAGACCGGGAGCGGGAAGACGACGCAGGUGCCGCAGUUUCUUUAUGAGGCUGGGUUUGGGUCGCCUGGGAGCGAUAAUCCAGGCAUGAUAGGGAUAACCCAGCCCCGCCGCGUAGCCGCCAUCUCAAUGUCCCAGCGCGUCGCACACGAGCUCUCGCUGCCCCCCUCGCUCAUAUCCUACCAGAUCCGGUACGACGCGACGACGUCCCCUUCGACGCGCAUCAAGUUCAUGACGGACGGCGUGCUGCUGCGCGAGCUCGCGAGCGACUUUUUGCUGAGAAGGUACAGCGUUAUCGUCGUGGACGAGGCGCACGAGCGGGGCGUUAAUACUGAUAUUCUGGUGGGGGUGUUGAGUAGGGUGGGCAGGCUGCGGGAGGAUAUGUGGAGGGGGGAUCCGGAGGGCGAUGUCAAGCCGCUGCGCCUGAUAAUAAUGUCCGCAACGCUCCGCGUAUCAGACUUCACCUCCAACGCCACCCUCUUCCCCACCCCGCCCCCCAUCAUAAACGUCUCAGCCCGCCAACACCCAGUGACGAUCCACUUCUCGCGCCGCACGUCGCCGGACUACGUGUCCGAAUCCAUACGCAAAACCGCAAAGAUCCACGCGCGGUUGCCGCCCGGCGGCAUACUCAUAUUCCUCACAGGACAGAAUGAGAUUCAGGGCGUGUGUAGGAGGCUGGAGGAGCGGUUUGGCGAGAGGGCGGUGGAGGAGAGGAAGAGGAGGAGGAGGGAGGGCGUGAAGGCGAGGGACGCGGGGCGGUUUUUUGAGGAGGAGCCGGUAACGGUUGUGAAGGCUGCGCAGGUGCCGCUUGAGGCGGAGGAUAUUGAGCUGGGGGAGGCGCUUCAGGCGGAUCUGGCGGACGAUGUGGACGGGGAUGGUGGUGCGGAGGUGGAUGAGGAUGAGGACGCGCUGGAUACGGACGACGAUGAGGUCGAUAGGGAGUUGGGGAUCGACGCUGAGGAGUCUGAAGUCCCGAUGCACAUCGUGCCCUUGUACUCUCUCCUGCCCAGCGAGAAACAGAUGAAAGUCUUCGAGCCGCCGCCCUCAGGCCACCGACUCGUAGUAGUCUCAACAAACGUAGCCGAAACCUCCCUCACGAUCCCCAACAUCCGCUACGUCGUCGACUCCGGGCGCGCAAAAGAGCGCAAAUACGAUCCCUCCUCCCACGUCCAAUCCUACCCCAUCUCCUUCACGUCCAAAGCCUCCGCGUCGCAACGCGCCGGGCGCGCGGGCCGCACGGGGCCCGGGCACUGUUACCGGCUGUACUCGUCCGCCGUGUACGAGAACUACUUCCCGCAGUUCUCUGAGCCGGAGAUAUUAAGGAUGCCGAUCGACGCGCUGGUGCUGAGCAUGAAGAGUAUGCAUGUGGAUGAGGUGGUUAAUUUUCCGUUUCCGACGGCGCCGGAGAGGGGGGCGAUGAGGAGGGCGGAGGCGGUUCUGAGGAGACUUGGCGCGUUGAGUGGGAGUGGUGCGAGUGGUGGGGGAGGGGGGCAGAUUACGGAUCUGGGGAGGACGAUGGCGUUGUUUCCUUUGAAUCCGCGCUUUGCGAAGAUGUUGGCGAGCGGGAGGCAGGCUGGGUGUUUGCCGUAUGUGAUUGCGGUCGUGGCGGCGUUGAGCGUUGGGGAUCCGUUUGUUAGGGAGGAGGCUGUUGGGGGUGAGGAUGACGAUGAGGAAGGGGAAGAGGAGGCAGACUUGAGGCAUCUCACGAGUGCGCAGGCGAGGGCGAAGGAGGUGAGGAGGGUGAGGAGGAAGGCGUUCUUCGAGUCUCAGCAGUUACACGCAUCACUGGGCAAAUCAACCUCCGACAUGUUCCGCCUCCUCUCCGUCGUAGGCGCAUACGAAUACAACGCCACCUCCCCUCCCACCACCUCACUAUCGACAUCAUCCUUCUGCGUCCAACACUUCGUCCGCCCCAAAGCAAUGGACGAGAUCCACAAGCUCCGCUCGCAGAUCUCACACAUCGUAUCGACAAACUUCCCCGACACAGACGCGGGCUUCAUCCCGCAUCUCCCGCCGCCGAACGACAAACAGCUCAAGAUCCUGCGCCAGCUGUUCGCGAGCGGGUUCAUCGAUCAAGUGGCCGUGCGCAAAGACCUCACGUCUCAGGAUACCGGCACAAAGGGCCUCAAAUUCACGACGUCCAAGGGCGUAGCCUACCGCGCGCUCGGCGUACACGAAGACGUGUACAUCCACCCCUCGUCCGUCCUCGCAUCGACAUCACCGCCAGAAUACAUAGUCUUCCACGAGCUCGUGCGCACGAGCCGGACAUGGCUCAAAGGCUGCACUGUAGUCAAUCCGGCGUGGCUCGCCGCGUUGGGCGCUAAGACGGGGUUGUGUAGUUUUGGGAAGGUGUGGAAGGAUAGGAAGGGCGGCGAGAUGGUUGUGCCGAGGUUUGGGCUGCCGGGGGAGGGGGCGGGGUGGGAGUUGCCGGCUGUUAGGAAGGGUUUGGUUGGGUUGUAG